CCCCCCGCGGCACCCAGUCCAGCGCCCGCCGCCCGCAGUCCGGGACCCUGGUGUCUGGCUCCCAGAGAGCCGGGACCCCGCGAUGGCCAAGCGCAGCUCGCUGUCCAUCCGCAUCGUGGAGGGAAAGAACCUGCCCGCCAAGGACAUCACCGGCAGCAGCGACCCCUACUGCAUCGUGAAGGUGGACAAUGAGCCCAUCAUCAGGACGGCCACCGUGUGGAAGACCCUGUGCCCCUUCUGGGGUGAGGAGUACCAAGUGCAUUUGCCACCCGCCUUCCACGCUGUGGCCUUCUACGUCAUGGAUGAGGAUGCCCUCAGUCGGGACGACGUUAUCGGGAAGGUCUGCCUUACAAGGGACACCCUGGCCGCUCACCCUAAGGGUUUCAGCGGGUGGACCCACCUGAUGGAGGUUGACCCUGAUGAGGAAGUGCAGGGCGAGAUCCACCUACGGCUGGAAGUGCUGCCGGGGGCCCGGGCUCGCCGACUUCGCUGCUCUGUGCUGGAGGCCAGAGAUCUGGCACCAAAGGACCGCAAUGGCGCAUCUGACCCCUUCGUCCGAGUGCGCUACAAGGGCCGGACGCAGGAGACCUCGAUCGUGAAGAAGUCAUGCUACCCACGCUGGAAUGAGACAUUUGAGUUUGAGCUGGAGGAGGGGGCCGCAGAGGCGCUGUGUGUGGAGGCCUGGGACUGGGAUCUUGUCAGCAGAAAUGACUUCCUGGGCAAAGUGGUGAUCGAUGUCCAGAGACUGUGGGCGGCCCAGCAGGAGGAGGGCUGGUUCCGGCUGCAGCCCGACCAGUCCAAGAGCCGGCGGCGCGAAGAGGGCAACCUGGGCUCCUUGCAGCUGGAGGUGCGGCUGCGGGAUGAGACGGUGCUGCCCUCCAGCUGCUACCAACCGCUGGUGCAGCUGCUGUGCCAGGAGGUGAAGCUGGGCGUGCAGGGCCCGGGGCAGCUGAUCCCACUCAUUGAGGAGACAACCAGCACGGAGUGUCGACAGGACGUGGCCACCAACCUGCUCAAGCUCUUCCUGGGGCAGGGGCUGGCCAAGGACUUCCUGGACCUACUCUUCCAGCUGGAGCUGAGUCGCACCAGUGAGGCCAACACCCUGUUCCGGAGCAACUCCCUGGCCUCAAAGUCCAUGGAGUCCUUUCUGAAGGUGGCCGGGAUGCGGUACCUGCACAGCGUCCUGGGCCCCAUCAUCAACAAGGUGUUUGAGGAGAAGAAGUACGUGGAGCUGGACCCCAGCAAAGUGGAAGUUAAGGAUGUAGGGUGCUCUGGGCUGCACCGUCCGCAGACCGAGGCCGAAGUGCUGGAGCAGAGCGCGCAGACGCUGCGCGCCCACCUGGGGGCGCUGCUGAGCGCGCUCUGCCGCUCGGUACGCGCGUGCCCAGCCGUGGUGCGCGCCACCUUCCGCCAGCUCUUCCGGCGCGUGCGCGAGCGCUUUCCCGGCGCCCAGCACGAGAAUGUGCCGUUCAUCGCCGUCACCAGCUUCCUGUGCCUGCGCUUCUUCUCUCCCGCCAUCAUGUCGCCCAAGCUCUUCCACCUGCGGGAGCGCCACGCGGACGCCCGCACCAGCCGCACCCUGCUCCUGCUGGCCAAGGCAGUCCAGAAUGUGGGCAACAUGGACACGCCGGCUUCCAGGGCCAAGGAGGCUUGGAUGGAGCCGCUACAGCCCACUGUGCGCCAGGGGGUGGCACAGCUGAAGGACUUCAUCACCAAGCUCGUGGACAUCGAGGAAAAGGACGAGCUGGACCUGCAGCGGACGCUGAGUUUGCAGGCGCCACCUGUGAAGGAGGGGCCGCUCUUCAUCCACAGAACCAAGGGAAAGGGCCCCCUCAUGUCCUCCUCCUUCAAGAAGCUCUACUUCUCCCUCACCACCGAGGCCCUCAGCUUCGCCAAGACGCCCAGCUCCAAGAAAAGCGCCCUCAUCAAGCUAGCCAACAUCCGUGCAGCCGAAAAGGUGGAGGAAAAGAGCUUUGGCAGCUCGCACGUCAUGCAGGUCAUCUACACAGACGACGCCGGUAGGCCCCAGACUGCCUACCUGCAGUGCAAGUGUGUAAAUGAGCUGAACCAGUGGCUGUCUGCGCUGCGGAAGGUGAGCAUCAACAACACCGGCCUGCUGGGCUCCUACCACCCUGGCAUCUUCCGUGGGGACAAGUGGAGCUGCUGCCACCAAAGAGAGAAGACAGGUCGGGGCUGCGAUAAGACCCGGUCACGGGUGACCCUGCAGGAGUGGAAUGACCCUCUUGACCAUGACCUUGAGGCCCAGCUCAUCUACCGGCACCUGCUGAGCGUGGAGGCCAUGCUGUGGGAGAAGCACCGGGAGCUGAGCGGGGGUGCAGAGGCCAGCACUGUGCCUGCAAGCCCUGGCGAAGCCCCGGAGGACUCACUGGCCCGGCUGCUCCGGGUGCUUCGGGACCUCCGGGAGGCCCACAGCUCCAGCCCGGCCAGCUCCCCGACCUUGGAGCCCAACUGCCUCCUGGAGCUGCAGACGUGAGGCCCACCCUGCGCUCCCCUUGCUGAGUCCCUGGCCAAGCGCUCAAAGCCCCCCCAGGAUGCUCUGCACCCCUCACCCUGGUCCUCCUCAUUAGGGUGCAGGGCCCAGGUCUCUUCCAGGUGGGGGAGGGGGAAGAGUCAGGGAUAAGGGGAUCCCCAGAAGUGCAAAGCUGAGCAGGCCUGGCCUGAAGUGUCCCGGCUCCCUACAGCCUCUGCAGCCAUCACUGCCUCUCCAAGGACCCUCCUCUCCUGCCUAGGGCAGACCCAGCCAGAACCACCACUAGGACAGGCCACAGCCAGGGGUCUGGGCUCCAGGGACCUAGAGAAUGGGAGGGAAUAGGAGGCCCAGGACACCCGGCUGCCGCCCCACCAGCUCCCCGUGGGUGGCACAGAGCUGUGCUAUUGCCAACAGUAAACCUGCUGUUCCUGCCCAG